AUUUUAUCACGUCAUGUAAGUGUAAAGGUAAACUGAAAAAUACGUGCGCAUGAACAGUUGAAAUUCCAUAUAAAAACAUCACAGCGCCAAAAACCCGCAGGCGGAUGCACUGGCCGUGUCGGUAGCGCGCACGCACAGACACCGUGCACGUCCCCGUCGCCCCGACGCCGUGGAGGGGACGCGUCCAGAGCGGCGUCGCAACCGACGGACAGCCUCUCCCCCGCAGCCAUAACGGGCUUUUCGCCACGGCAUCCGUAGCUCGCAGCCAGGUCGCUUCUCCAGGUUUAUCAUGGAGCGCAUGGCGGCCCCUUGUCGGAUAGGCCUCCGGGCUUGUGGGGCAUCCUGUCUCCGGCCUGUCAGCCCGGAAGGUCGCUUUGAUUAGACCGCGCUUCGGGGCGACGCGGGCCGGCCCGGGCGCUCCGUCCCCCGGGCUGGACGCUGACUGCGCCCUGAACACUCGUCGGAGGUUUUUCGUUUUAUUUCUACCUUAAGAGCUUCUUCUGAAGACGGACUGAUUGAGAGCUGCUGCGCAGACGCGGCGGGAUGGAGAGCUCCGGGGCGCCGUACGAUCUGGACACAUCAGGGGGUCUGAUGGAGAUCCAGACCCUGCUGGCGCCCCCCAGGCCGGAUGAAGGAGGGAAGGCUAGCCGAAAGCUGGAGGUCCAGAGAAACAGCCGUGCGGCGAACCGCAGCGCCUGUGACGGCUGCGGCGAGGGCGGCGAGCUGCUGGAUUGUGACCGCUGCCCUGCCGCCUUCCAUCCCCAGUGCUGCGACCCACCGCUGAGUGAGGAAACACUGCCCCCUGCUGGCUGGAUAUGUCACCUCUGCAUCCUGCACAGGAAGAAGCAGGAGCAGGUCAACGGGCUCCUGGAGCGGACUCUGGCCAAGCCGACGCCCGACCCAGAGCUGGACACCGUGCGGCUGGAGGGAGGGGCAGAGCCGUGGCCAGAGCCGAGCCCCGCCAUGGCGCAUGUCCGGCUCCUGGAGCGGCCGGCCACGCCUGCCUCCGGAGCCUCCACCGACACGGCCACGCCCUCUGAGCAGAACGAGGACGAGGACCUGCUGGACGUGGAGGACGAGCCACAGGGUCUGGGCUCGGCGUUGGACGGCACCGGGACAUGCCUGCAGAAGCCCCUGGCGCUGCUGAUCGCCGCUGCCAUGACAAGGGGCUGUGCUGGGUCUGCGUUGCCCAGUGAGCUUGGCGGCCCGGGGGCCAUGUCAGGGAGCAGUAAGAGGAGACGCAAAGAUCUGUCCUCCAUAGGAAAAAGCGUGAAGCGAUCUCAGCAUAAUUUGGACCCUGGUGGGCUACUUCCGCUGCCAGGGAAGCUCUGCUUCUCCUGUGGCAGGACCUGCCGCCUGGCUCCGUUGAUCCAGUGUGACUGCUGCCCCCUGCUGUUCCACAUGAGCUGCACGGUUCCCCCGCUGUCGGCCAUGCCUACAGGGGCGUGGGUGUGCUCCAGUCACACGCAGCACGAGGCAGCUGUGGCGGGCAGCCUGACCUUUGGCCAGCGGUGCCAGCUGCUCGACCGCUUCCAGGACCGCAUUUCCCAGCAGGCCGUCAAAGUGGACUUCCUGCAGCGGGCACGCCAGGAGCACUGGCCACACCCCCAACCGAGGGACGUGUUCAAGGUGCCUGAAGCCAUCAAGUCCUUAUACCGCUGUCCAUUGACCCUGCGGGCCCCGGAUGGGGUCCGAGUUGGGGAGCUCAUCUGUAAUGGUGUAUCAGACCCACUCCUUCAGCACCCACCCUCCUCCUCAUCCGCCUCCACCUGCCGCUUCACCAGCGAGGAUGAGCAGAGAGAGUGGCUGCAGGACAUCAUCGCCCUCCAGUGCAGCUUUGUCAGGCACCUAUCUGCCAAGCAGACCCCCUCCCUGUCACGGCACUGCGGGCAGACCGACGCCAAGCCUCAUGUCGCCCCCGACGAGAGCAGCCUGGCUCGUCCCGCCCCCCCAUGUGAGGAGCGACCUCCGGAAGCACCCCCCCGCUGUCGUGCGCCUUCGGCCAGCACCCCAGGGUCCUGUGACCUCACCCAGCAGCCCGUGGGCUCACUCAGCACCGACGUCAAAGUGGAGGAGCCCCGAAAGGCGCUACCACCAUCCACCCCCACUGCAGGCUCCCGCGCCGUCACCCUGCCCAGAGCCCCCCAGGGCAGCAGCGUUGUUGACGUGGAUUUGAGUCUCCUGGAUGAGCAGCUCAUCAGGGUCCUCGCCUGGCAAAGGAUCCGGCAGUUUUCUCGGCCCAAAGCCCCGCCCUCCGCAAAGCCACAGUCUCCGCCCCUUCCAGCUGUGAAUACUCAGGGUCAGGCCCGCGCUGCCUUUUACCCCCUAACGGGAAAAGGUGAAGCAGUAAACAUGUGGUACAGGACCCUGUACAUAGGAACAGGUGCCGACAUGGACGUAUGCCUGACCAAGUACGGACACUGUAACUACGUGUCGGGAAAGCACGCCUGUAUCUUCUACGACGAGAACACCAAGCAUUACGAGCUGCUGAACUAUAGUGAGCAUGGAACCACGGUCGACAAUGUCCUGUACUCCUGCGACUUCUCAGAGAAGACCCCUCCCAUGGCUGCUGGCAGCGUGGUCCCAAGAGCGCGUACCCACGGCCGUGAGUCACCCCUCACCACACACUCCAGCCUUUGGCGCUGUAGGAAACGGAAGCGGGAGGAGGAAGAGAAGGAAGGGACGGGGCAAACGGUGCCAGCAGGGGGCGUGAUGAGCAGCCGGUCGGGGAGCGGGGCACGCCCCCCCUGUGGUUGCCGGGCCAGCAGCUCCAGCCUGAUCGGGGGCAGCGGGGCCGGCUGGGAGGGCACGGCGCUACUCCAUCACGGCAGCUCCGUGAAGCUGGGCUGCCUGCAGUUCGUGUUCACCGUCACGGAGUUCACGCAUGUGCCGGCAAAGGAGGAGCCGCCAGAGCGGGGCAGGGAGGUGGAGGAGCGGACAGAGCCGGAGGAAGGCGAGGUGGAACCCGAGGAUGACGAGGAGGAGCAGGAUACGCGGACAGAGCCGGCCGCCCGGCAGACUCUCAAGCUCCGCCCACCUCCGGUGCUGUGUCACGGUGCCGUCCCCUAGCAACCGGUUACCCUGGCAACAGCCUCCCCCAGCCAACUUGUACAAAUGAAGAGGAUUUUUAAUAAUUAUUCUUAUUUAACUACAGACUUGCAUGAAAUGAAGUAUUUUUGGGGGCUAAAAAUUUGUGGCAAGUUGCACAUGGAGUUUCUAAACGUUUUGUUACGUUUUACAUACAAGGAAAGAGAAACUUUGAUAACGUCAGGGGGCGCUAGCGAGCGUGGCUUUUAUUUGGAGGGCUCGUCGGCGCCGUGUGGGUCGGAUUUUAUACGUUUCCCCCGAGUGGGAUCGAUGAUUUUCUUGGACUUUUUAAUCUCUCCAUAUCUGUACUGUUGGUGUUUUUUUGCACUGCAGAUGGAUAUAAAGCAUACAAUAUGGAUACACGUGUAGGUACGUGUAAAGGCACACAUGCGAAACGUAUAUUUGCAUGUACACGUGUAUAUUCGUAUGUGCGUUAAAAUAUACACGUUGUGUGUGUUUAUAUAUGCGUCUGUGUGUGUGUUUGAACACACAAAUUAAGAAACUCGGCUUGGUGCCGGCAAUGCUCUCUGGUAUAUAAACGCACUGUUAUAUUUUAAAUGUCUCCCGUUGUCUACGGAACAAGAAAGGGGGGGAUGUGUCCGUGUUCUCCGUUUUUCAAUUAACAUGUAAAUAUUCCAGACCAUUGGAACCAGCAUCUGUGUUGUAAAUACACAAACUUUGAUGUCUAAUUGUCUGUUAAAACGGUGUAAAUAUACACAGAAUUUUUUAAAGAA